GGAGAGUGGCGCAGGGAGGUGGGAGCACAGACACAGAGCAGUCGUUGUGUGUGAAGGACCAUGACAGCCCGGAGCUGCCGGAGUUAGAAGAAGGUGCUGAGCGCAACCUUCACCUGCUGCGAAAACCCCAGAAGAACCCCGCGCGGAAACAUGCCAUUUGACAGAAAUGUGCGCGCCGGUGGUUCUCUUGUGCCUUCGCUAACCCUUCCAGAGAGUUCACACGUUUCUGCGCGUCGUCGACGAGGGGGCAAUGUUUAGAAGCAGACGAGCCAGUGGGAACCGCGGAGUUUGGUUGUGUGUUUCGUAGCUUGUCAGAUGAAAGGCAAACAGUUUGCUGAAGAAGUGGAAACAGCGCCAAGGAGCACCGCGAAUGUAGCCUGCGGAAGAAAGCGAAACGCUUUACGUGCCAGUGUCGUCCUGCGGUCAUCCUCCUCCCGUGUGUUUCAGUUUCUCGCAGAGCUGUGGGACUAGCAGGGAGGAUGCAGGUGAAGAAGCACCGGGACUCGGACCGGAGCGGUGGGGACAUGCUAGAAAGAGACAGCCUCCGCAAAAACUCCUCAUGUUUCUCAAAUAUCAAGAUAUUCUUGAUAUCGGAAUGCGCCCUCAUGUUGGCGCAGGGCACCGUCGGAGCAUACCUGGUAAGCGUGCUAACCACCCUGGAGCGGCGGUUCAACCUGCAAAGUGCUGACGUCGGAGUGAUCGCCAGUAGCUUUGAGAUAGGCAACCUAGCGUUGAUCCUGUUUGUCAGCUAUUUUGGAGCCAAAGCACAUCGACCCCAUCUGAUUGGCUGCGGUGGAAUUGUCAUGGCCUUCGGGGCUUUUCUUUCCGCUUUGCCCGAAUUUCUGAUUGAACAUUAUGAAGCAGGAAAGACGUCGAAGACCGACCAGGGUCGGGAUGUUUGCAACAACACCAGCAGUGGGAAGCCUGUUUUUGAGGACUCUCUGUGUGCCAAGAAGGCCAACACCAACAUGAUGUACCUGCUGUUGAUCGGGGCGCAGGUCCUGCUGGGGAUUGGAGCCACACCGGUGCAGCCACUGGGGGUUUCCUAUAUCGAUGAUCACGUGAAGAAAAAAGACUCCUCACUCUAUAUAGGAAUCCUCUUCUCUACCCUGGUGUUCGGACCUGCCUGUGGCUUCAUCCUUGGCUCCGUCUGCACUAAAUUCUAUGUGGACGCUGUCUUCAUUGACGCCAGUCAGCUGAGCAUCACUCCAGACGACCCACGGUGGAUUGGGGCCUGGUGGGCAGGCUUCCUCCUGUGUGGUGCCUUACUCUUUUGCUCAGCUCUCUUGAUGUUCGGCUUCCCUCAGUCACUCCCGACGAAGGAGAGAGACGAGGGCACCGACAGCGAGCAGGUUAUGCUACCUCCUUCUCUCAGCCCAGACUGUGAGACUCCAAAGCCCAGCAAUGGAGUUGUACUCAGCCAUGAACCUGCUAACAGCCCCACCUGCUGUCAGCAGCUGAGAGUUAUCCCCAAGGUGACCAAGCACCUGCUGUCGAACCCAGUGUUCACCUGCAUCAUCCUGGCGGCCUGUAUGGAGAUCGCUGUCGUGGCCGGCUUUGCUGCCUUCUUAGGGAAAUACCUGGAGCAGCAGUUUAACCUCACUACCUCCUCAGCAAACCAGCUGUUAGGUAUGACAGCCAUUCCAUGUGCGUGUCUGGGGAUCUUCAUGGGCGGCCUGCUGGUGAAGAAGCUGAACCUUUCAGCGUUGGGAGCCAUCCGCAUGGCCAUGUUGGUCAACCUGGUCUCCACCGCCUGUUACAUCUCCUUCCUGUUCCUGGGAUGUGAUACGGGUCCUGUUGCUGGAGUGACAGUCAAAUACGGCAACGAGACGCUGCAGGUGGGAAGUAAACCAGAGGCUCAGUGCAACAGUCACUGCAACUGCUUCACCUCCUCCAUCAGCCCCGUGUGUGGCUCCAAUGGUGUUACCUACCUGUCCGCCUGCUUCGCCGGCUGCACCCAGAGAGAGAUCACACCCAUCACAUCAAACAUCUCUCAGAACCUGACUGGAUGUGCUUGUAUAUCGACUGAAAGUGGGCCUCCCACUGCAGUUCCAGGGAAAUGCCCCAUGCCAGGCUGCCCGGAGGUUUUCCUCAUCUUUCUGUGUGUGAUCUGUGUCUGCAGCCUGGUGGGGGCCAUGGCCCAGACUCCUUCUGUCAUCGUUCUUAUCAGGACUGUAAGCCCUGAACUGAAGUCAUACGCUCUUGGAGUCCUUUUCCUUUUGCUGCGGCUCCUCGGAUUUAUUCCCCCUCCUCUGAUCUUUGGUGCUGGGAUCGACUCUACUUGUCUUUUCUGGAGCUCAGACUGUGGUGGCAAUAAGGGCGCCUGCCUGCUGUACGACAACGUCGCCUACAGGCAUCUCUACAUUAGCUUCGCCAUCAUUCUCAAGGGCAUGGCCUUCCUCCUCUACACCACCACGUGGUACUGCUUGCGCAGGAACUACAAGAAAUACAUCAAAGGUCACGAGGGCCACAUGACGCAGACUGAAUUUUACCCAUCUCUCAGCGACGGCCCCAAACUCGUGGACAGGACAAAGUUUAUAUAUAACCUAGAGGACCAUGAGUUUUGUGAAAACAUGGAGUCCGUUUUAUGAGGAUGGUGAAGAAGGACAUUCACGUUCCCACUUAGAGAUAUUUUAUUUUCCUGAAAGGAUUAAAGACCUGCUCAGGUCAAAGGAGUGGUGCUCUGCACUGCGCUCCAUAUACUUUUCCAAAGGGUCCAUUGUAGUCUGUCGUCAGCAAGAUGUUGUCCAGUGUUGCCAGUGAAUUCCUGUGUUGACUUGUUGGUAGAGGGCAACUUCAGCCAACUCUGGCUCAGUCCUAGUUCUUCAUUAGUGGGUGGACAUGAUGCUAUAACAGCUAUAGUUGCCAUAUUGUUUAGGUCUGUCAUGACACUGUAUGAACAACAGGAUCCUCUUUGUCAGCACUGUGUGUUCCGUCUGUCACUCUCAAUACUGAAACUUUUAUGAUUUGAAACAUGUUUGGGUGGUUCUUCAGUUGUUUAAAAGUUGCCAAGUGUUUACAACCUAAUAGUUUAUCAGUCACUGCAUUUUACUUCAGUGCAGGAAGGUUUCUUAUAAAAGUGAGACCAGAAGCGCCCAGACCGGGUUAUUAUAGUGGCCUAUUAGAUGUUUCACUUUCUUGUUCUCUUGCUGGAUGGUAGACACUGUUUUUGAUACUUGCUUAGACUAGACUGUGAGGUCUUGUCUCAUAGGUGCAAAUGUGCAAUUCGUAUCAGAAAUGUCUGUGUUUAUGACUAGACGUGUGUCAGAGGGCAGGUUUAUGUUUCACUGUUUGUUUCUUUUCCACGUUUGUUUUUACAUCUGCAGAGUGUACUCAGCCUAAUAUGUCUUAAUAAGGGAUUAAUUAAAUAGUAAUGUUAAUUAUUGUUUCUUUUGGCUUCUGCACUAAGUGGAGGAGCAAAGAAGAAAAUCAGAAGUAAUCAUUUUUAUGUGUCAAGACUGACGUUAAUGAGACGUUAAUAAUAGAAGUAACUUGUUUGUUUCAUUAGGCCCAGGAUGUUUGGUUAGAUUGACCUUAAAAAGGACAUUACAAAUCAUAUAUAGCAUAAUUGUUGGGGAUUUAUGUGUGUGUCAUGUCACAGAAGAUUUUGGAGUAUGCAUAGCGAUUAAAGUGGUAUGUUGCAUUAUUGUGGGCAAAAGGAAAAGAAACACAAUCUGUGUCUUCAAACUAGACCUGUCUUUAAUAUUUGACAUAAAGGUUAAAGAAACAAACCAGGAGACUGUGUGUGCAAAAUUAACAGCACUGGAUGUGUUCCUGUAUUUGAACAUGACUCUGCACACAUCACGCUACUCUCUACAGUUACAGUUUUGACAUUGUCCCUUUUCUUACACUUUUUGUAUGGCAACAUAUCAUUUAUUUUACUCUGAAAAUAAAUUAUUUUUCAGAAAAAAA